AGGGAGGGAGGGAGCGAGCGAGAAGAGGGGAGCGCCCUCCCCCUCGCUUCCAUUCCUCCGCUUCCCCUCUCGCCCGCUCCCGCGUCCGGGCGCGACCCGCCGCCGCCGCCACCGCGCCCGCCGCUGCCGCCGCACCCGCCAGCAUGCCCGGCGUGGCCCGCCUGCCGCUGCCGCUGCUGCUCUGGCUGCUGCUGCUCCCGCGCCCGGGCCGGCCGCUGGACUUGGCCGACUACACCUAUGACCUGGGAGAGGAGGACGACUCGGAGCCCCUCAACUACAAAGACCCCUGCAAAGCGGCUGCCUUUCUUGGGGAUAUCGCCCUGGACGAGGAGGAUUUGAGGGCCUUCCAGGUGCAGCAGGCGGCGGAUCUCAGACGACGUGCGAUCCACAGGUCUUCCAUCAAAGCUUUAGGAAACUCUUCUAACCCCAACCGCCAGAGUGUUGGUGGGCAGCCUCAGAGGAAAAUCCGUGGGCGAUGGAGAGGCAGGUCCCGGAGCCGGCGGGCAGCCACUUCCAGACCAGAGCGUGUGUGGCCCGAUGGGGUCAUCCCCUUUGUCAUUGGGGGAAACUUCACUGGCAGCCAGAGGGCAGUCUUCCGGCAGGCCAUGAGACACUGGGAGAAGCACACCUGUGUCACCUUCUUGGAACGCACCGACGAGGACAGCUAUAUCGUAUUCACCUAUCGACCCUGCGGGUGCUGCUCGUAUGUGGGUCGCCGCGGCGGGGGCCCCCAGGCCAUCUCCAUCGGCAAGAACUGCGACAAGUUCGGCAUCGUGGUGCACGAGCUGGGCCAUGUCAUCGGCUUCUGGCACGAGCACACGCGGCCGGACCGGGACCGCCACGUGUCCAUCGUGCGCGAGAACAUCCAGCCAGGGCAGGAGUAUAACUUCCUGAAGAUGGAGGUCCAGGAGGUGGAGUCCCUGGGGGAGACCUAUGAUUUUGACAGUAUCAUGCACUAUGCUCGGAACACCUUCUCCAGGGGCAUUUUCCUGGACACCAUCGUUCCCAAGUACGAGGUGAAUGGGGUGAAACCUCCCAUUGGCCAAAGGACCCGGCUCAGCAAGGGGGACAUUGCCCAGGCCCGAAAGCUCUACAAGUGCCCAGCCUGCGGAGAGACCCUACAAGACAGCACAGGCAACUUCUCUUCCCCUGAGUACCCCAAUGGCUACUCCGCCCACAUGCACUGCAUAUGGCGCAUCUCGGUCACACCUGGAGAGAAGAUCAUUCUUAACUUCACGUCCAUGGAUCUGUACCGCAGCCGCCUGUGCUGGUACGACUACGUGGAGGUCCGAGAUGGCUUCUGGAGGAAGGCGCCCCUCCGAGGCCGUUUCUGUGGGGGCAAGCUCCCCGAGCCCAUCGUUUCCACCGACAGCCGCCUCUGGGUUGAAUUCCGCAGCAGCAGCAAUUGGGUUGGAAAGGGCUUCUUUGCCAUCUAUGAAGCCAUCUGCGGGGGUGAUGUGAAAAAGGACAAUGGUCACAUCCAAUCACCCAAUUACCCGGAUGAUUACCGGCCCAGCAAAGUGUGUAUCUGGCGGAUCCAGGUGUCCGAAGGCUUCCACGUGGGCCUCACGUUCCAGUCCUUCGAGAUCGAGCGCCACGACAGCUGUGCCUACGACUACCUGGAGGUGCGCGAUGGGCACAGCGAGAGCAGCACUCUCAUUGGGCGCUACUGUGGCUACGAGAAGCCGGAUGACAUCAAGAGCACGUCCAGCCGCCUCUGGCUCAAGUUCGUCUCGGAUGGAUCCAUUAACAAAGCUGGCUUUGCCGUCAACUUUUUCAAAGAGGUGGACGAGUGCUCUCGGCCCAACCGCGGGGGCUGCGAGCAGCGGUGCCUCAACACCCUGGGCAGCUACAAGUGCAGCUGUGACCCUGGCUACGAGCUGGCCCCGGACAAGCGCCGCUGCGAGGCUGCCUGUGGUGGUUUCCUCACCAAGCUCAACGGCUCCAUCACCAGUCCUGGCUGGCCCAAGGAGUAUCCCCCCAACAAAAACUGCAUCUGGCAGCUGGUGGCCCCCACCCAGUACCGCAUCUCCCUGCAGUUCGACUUCUUUGAGACGGAGGGCAAUGAUGUGUGCAAGUACGACUUCGUGGAGGUGCGCAGCGGACUCACGGCUGACUCCAAGCUGCACGGCAAGUUCUGUGGCUCCGAGAAGCCCGAGGUCAUCACCUCCCAGUACAACAACAUGCGCGUGGAGUUCAAGUCUGACAACACUGUCUCCAAGAAAGGCUUCAAGGCCCACUUCUUCUCAGACAAAGACGAGUGCUCCAAGGAUAACGGCGGCUGCCAGCAAGACUGCGUCAACACAUUCGGCAGCUACGAGUGUCAGUGUCGCAGCGGUUUCGUGCUCCACGACAACAAACAUGACUGCAAGGAAGCUGGCUGUGACCACAAGGUGACAUCCACCAGUGGCACCAUCACCAGCCCCAACUGGCCCGACAAAUAUCCCAGCAAGAAGGAGUGCACCUGGGCCAUCUCUAGCACCCCUGGGCACCGGGUCAAGCUGACCCUCGUGGAGAUGGACAUAGAGUCCCAGCCCGAGUGUGCCUAUGACCACCUGGAGGUGUACAACGGGCGCGAUGCCAAGGCCCCUGUCCUGGGCCGCUUCUGCGGGAGCAAGAAGCCUGAGCCCGUCCUGGCCACAGGCAACCGCAUGUUCCUGCGCUUCUUCUCUGACAACUCUGUCCAGAGGAAGGGCUUCCAGGCCACCCACUCCACAGAGUGCGGGGGCCAGGUGCGGGCAGAGGUGAAGACCAAGGACCUCUACUCUCACGCCCAGUUUGGAGACAACAACUACCCUGGGGGGGUGGACUGCGAGUGGGUCAUCGUGGCGGAGGAGGGCUAUGGCGUGGAGCUCGUGUUCCAGACCUUCGAGGUGGAGGAGGAGACGGACUGUGGCUAUGACUACAUGGAGCUCUUCGACGGCUAUGACAGCACUGCACCCAGGCUGGGGCGCUACUGUGGCUCUGGGCCUCCUGAGGAGGUGUACUCGGCAGGAGAUUCGGUCCUGGUCAAAUUCCACUCCGAUGACACCAUCACCAAAAAGGGCUUCCACCUGCGGUACACCAGCACCAAGUUUCAGGACACACUCCACAGCAGGAAGUGACCACUGCCCUGGCACUGGGGAAGGCUACGGAGGCACACUUCCCUCAGACGCCCUGACCGGACAGCGGGGAGCAGGAAGAAGGCAGGCACGCCGUCCCUCUCUCCCGGGCACCGGGGCCCGCAGGGCCAGUGGCUCCUCAGGAGGCAGGCAAAUCGGACUCCUUCUCGAACCACUUCCCCACCAGCGCGAGGGGCCGGGGUCGGGGAGUCAGAGCUUUCACUGAGACACUUGAAGUGACCAUCCCUCUCUGGGGGCCCUGCCCCAGUGGGGAGAGGGACAAUCAGCAGAACUUUCCCACCCCCAUGCCCGUCUCUAUGCGCUGUAUUGUGUAGAGCCGGGGGCAUAAUCUUCAUUGUAACGUACAUUUCUUACCCCUUCCCCAACCUAGAUGUGGCUUUGUUUUAAGCCCCGGUUUCCUGGGGCGUGAGCAUCCAUCCACAGGAGCCACAGAGAGGAGCUGAAGUGGGGGGUGGGGUGGGGGCUGCGACAGGGCCACUCUCAGGCCCAGUGGCUGGUUGGCCACACCAGGGCACCCCAGCCAAUAAACUGAAAGUGUUACAGCCAA